AUGAGUGAGGAGGUAACUGUCCGCAUCCUCUUCCCACAGACUAAUUUAAAUGUUGUUGAGCAUAAUUUUAAUAUUGAUAAAGAGGUAACAGCUAUUUUGGAAUACGCUAUUCAGUGUUUUCCAGACAAAGUUUUGCCAUCAAGCCAAAUCUACGUAAGUAAUGAUCAACACUUAUACGAUUUUAUCUCCCCAGAAACCAAGAUUAAUGAUCUUAAGUAUUCUCAGCAACAGCAAAUGCUCGUUGUUCCAGAAUCGUAUUCAAUUACAAUUCAAGACCCAUUAAACAGAACUAUCUCGAUGAGCAUCAAGUCCAAUUUCUUGGUAAGAGAAAUCGUUCGUACAGUUUGCGUACAAAGCCAAUUACUCGAUCCAAGAUUUUAUGUCAUGACAGCAAAGAAUGUUGUAUUAGAUCAGGAUGGUACAUUUGCUGCUCAGGCUCCAUUCGCUUCACAGUUCAACCUUACAAGGCUCGAAACUGACCAGCUUUGCCAAUUACUUCAGUCAGAUUUCAUUUCUGGCACAUUAUCAUGCACGGACAAGGAUAUUCCUUACGUUAUGGCCUCAUUCCUUCUCAAGCAGAACGGUCCAUACAAAUCCUCCGAUACGAAGCAAGUUUUAGAGGCAGAAUUGGCCAAAUUCGUCCCAAGAUCAAUUCAAGAGCCUAAGAAAUUCAUCAGCGAUGCUGUAUCAACAUACAAGAAGCUCAAGGCUACAGAUUCCUUUACAAAUGACUUUGUUGACUAUCUUCUCAAUUAUAUCCACUUUAUGUCAAUAGUUGUCAACGCAGAGAGAUACCAGGGCCUUAUUGGCAAGAAGCCUUCGAAGGAUAAAGUCACAAUUUCCCUCGGUUACUCAGUUCUCAAAUUUUAUAAGCAAAAUUCAACGAACUUCAUCGAUCAGUACAACUUGACUGCCAUGAGGAACCUCCAAAUGGAAGGUCUCGACUCAUUCAAGUUCGAAUACGACACUCCAAAGGGUCCAAUUCAAGUUCGUUGCCAAUCUAACGAUGAAAUGCAGAAUAUCUUCAAUACAAUUGUCGGCAGACUUAAAUCUCCAGGUGCCAAGCGCGGUUCAGACACCCGCGGCAGCAGCGAUUCCUUUGCUUCAGUUGCAAUUCCAUCAUUCGCACAACUCUUCAGCUACUACUCAGAAAUCCCACGUUUCGAGCUUUCCCAGAUCACUACAAGAGUUAUCCACCUCUUAUUGUCCCAUAUUAAGACACAAAAUGCAACUUUCGUAAUGGACUUCCAACAGAACAAACAAACCGACAAAUCUUACUUUCAAUGCGUCCGUCUUACAGCUUCCAUCUGCAGAUUGAUCGACGAACAAACCGCAAUGAACUUAUAUACAGAUCUCGAGAAUUUAACAACUACCGAUGCUAACUACUACGAGACCUUAUCCGAGCGUGAACAUUUCGCCCAGAAAGUUAUGUCCUCCAAGGCUUCAAAGUCCGAACAAAAAACAUUUGCCGCUCAGAUGCAAACUUUGAACCAAAAGUCACAAGAUGCCCACCAGGAACUCGAAAACGCCAUAAAGAAGUUCACGGAAACCCUUCUCAAGGCUCACGAACACAUUGGCGAGAUGAUCGAAGAAAAGUCACAAUUUGUCCUUCGACCAUUGGCCAUUUCCUGCAUAAGGUCAAUCCUCUAUCUCUUGUUCGUCUACUACUGGAUUAACGAAAUGUCAGAUAUGAGGUCAACAAUUCAACAGAUCAAAGACACAUUAUUGCAGAUCAUCGCCGAUUUCGAGAACAUCAACUGCUACAGUGUCGAAUACAAGACUCUCACAGAACAUUUCGCAGUUUUAGUCCAAUUAUCUAAAGAUGCCAUUACUCACGCCAAUUCUUACGAUCCGAGCGAGCCAACACGCCAGUACUUGAUCAUCACAGCCACAGCCAUGCACGAUGAAGUCGAAAAGUGGAAUAAGGAAUUAUUAACUUAUUUCGAGAAGAAUCCACCGAAAGAGCUCUCAAAGCCACUGGACAAGAUCGAGAAGAUCGUUCCAGAUGAGACACGUCAACAGUUGAAGCUCUCACACCAGAUUCUUGAAGAAUUAUCUGGAAAUAUCGACAAUCUCAACGAAGCUGAAGACAAAUUGAAGAAACUCUCCGUAUUCAUCACAACAAUACUCGGAAUGGCCCCAGAAUCCACUCACGAGCCUUGCAUCAUCGCUUUCAACGAAGUAAGAAUUGAUGUCGAACGAUCAUUUGUCAAAAACGGAAUGUACAAUGCAUCAGCCUCAUGUGAGCGUUGCACAGCCGCCCUUGAUGCAGCCUUCCAGUCCGUAAACCCAGCAAAUGACCUCAGACAGCAAUUGACGCAAUUCCCAAUUGACGAUGCCCGUGUUUUGGCUUUGUUACCAAUUGUUGAUUAUCUCGACCAGAACGGUCCACUCUACCAAGGCUCAUCUACACAGGUGGACAUUCAGAGGUUCAUUAUGCAGAUGACAUUGGCGAAGACGGAGACAUUAGUUGAAAUUGCAUUUACUGUUGAAUCUCAUGUUCCUGAGAAUUUGAGACAUUUAACAGAAGUUUGCGAUCCAACGAAAGACUUGUAUCCGGAAGUCGACAGCGAAAUGGACAUCCAUCAAUUGGCAACACAGGCGAAACAGAGUUCAUUGGAUGCAGUCAAUUCCGCACAAAACAUCAGACAAAACGUCAGAGAGUUCGAAAGAGAGUGUUCUAAGAAAUACAGGACAUUGAACACACAGUUGUGGAGAGUCAUGAACAUAUUCAGACAGUACGCAAUUGACGAAGACCCAGGAACAGUCGGCCACAAGACUUUCGAACAGUGCAGAGAAGCAUUCAGAAUUUUGAUAGAAGAAACCGCUUUUGACAUGAAACGUGACAGAUCAUUUUUACCAUUUAUCCAAGAAUUCACUGACAAAGUGAUGGCAGUCACUGAAUCCCCACGCAGACCAAAGACACUCGGAGCACUCUGCGUCUUCUUGUUGUCACAGCAGACAAGACAAGGAUUCUACGAAGCUGCAAGAGCUUUGGCAGAUUUCACUCAUUUCGUUCUUUGCGAAGAUUCGAACAAGGCAGCGAGAAAACUCGUCGAAGACAGCCAGACAGAGUACGAGUUCAGAACAACAACAAUGAUGAUCUCGCAGCUGAAGAACAGACUCAUAAACGUAAAGAACAAAGUCGAUCUUUCAAUGAAGGCAAAGACACAAAUCGAUAUCAGAAAGUCUCAUGUCGAUUUGAGAUCAGAUUUCGCUACAUUUAUCACAAAAUUCAAUGAAAACAUUUUCUUUGUUUUCACACAAAUGGUCGCAAUGAAGAUCAGAAACAUCGCUGCUAUUCAACAGCUCGCAACAGGUGUAGAAGCGAUUGAGAAAGACCUUCCUUUGGUUAUGUCUAUCGAAUACUCCGCUCCUUACUUCUCUAGAUCUGUCUGCGGAAUUGUUUUGUACUCUAUGGACCAGAUCAUCAACACUGCAAAGGAAAUGAACAGUGGAAAGACCGUCCAGUGCACAAACGACGCACAGUUGGCUGUUAGAGAGUUCUUGUUCAUGAUUAGAAGAAAAGUUGCUGAAGCUGAUGAAGAAUCAAACAGAGCUCGCCGCGGUAUUGGUAUUCCAGAUAUGCAGGCUGUUAUCGAUAGAGAAACAAAGGCUAUGAAUGCUGCUGCUGAUUUCCAGAGAUCAAUAAGAAAGAGACAAUGGACAGUGAAGUAA